AUGGUUAUCGUGGGAGACAGCCUCCAUAACUUUGCUGAUGGCCUAGUGGUGGGGGCGGCCUUCUCCUCAUCCGCCGAGACGGGCAUGGCGACCACCGUAGCCAUCCUCUGCCACGAAAUCCCUCAUGAAAUGGGUGACUUUGUGGUGUUGCUCAGCUCAGGUCUCUCUGUGAGGAAUGCAGUGAUGAUGAACUUACUCAGUGCUCUGACGGCCUUCGUCGGCCUCUUCGUCUCCUCAGAACCAGAGAUCCAGCAGUGGAUCUUUACGGUUACCGCAGGGAUCUUCCUCUAUCUGUCACUGGUAGAGAUGCUUUCAGAGAUGAGUCGUGUGAAGAGCAACAGACCCUGUCUCAUGUUCCUUCUGCAGAAACUUGGCCUCCUAAUGGGCUGGGUCUGCCUCCUGCUCCUCACCCUGUUUGAGCACAAACUCAAGUUUUGA